ACAAGUGGUGUAUUUCAGAAUCAACAGGGAAGCUAUAAGAGCUUUGAGCCCGAGGCCCCUUUCACUUGUUAGUUGGCCUUUCAGAGUGAAACACAGACUCACUGCUGUCAAUAUGACAAGUCUGCUCGCCGUUGUGGCCGUGCUGGCUGUGCUGUCCGCUGGGUUCUGUGAGGAGCAGAAGAACUUCUUGCAGCGAGCUGGAGUGGCUUUCAACAGCAGGCAGUAUAAAUCUCUGCUUACUGUGAGCAACGGAGAGAGGUUUGGAACCUGGACCUGGCCAGAGAUGUGCCCAGAGAAUUUCUUUGCAGUUGGAUUCAGUGUCAGGGUGGAGUCUAACCAGUACGGGGGUGAUGACACUGCUCUGAAUGGGAUCCGCCUUGUCUGCGCAAAAGAUGGAAACCGCAACUUCCUGUACACCAUUGAGUCCCACACUGGCUACUUCGGUGACUGGUCCCAGCUUCAGUACUGCCCGAGCGGAGUGCUAACCUCUUUCCAGAUUCGUGUGGAACCCCAUCAGGGUCUGUUUGGUGAUGACACGGCCGUCAACAACAUCAGGUUCCGCUGCAGCAGUAACCCAACGCUGGAGGGACCCAGCAUGGGAUGGGGAGAGUAUGGCCACUGGAGUCAGGAAUGCCCUGAUGGAGGGAUCUGUGGCAUCGAGACCAAGAUGGAAGAAUACCAGUAUGGCCUGGACGACUCCACCCUGAAUGAUGUGCGUUUCCACUGCUGUGCAUCUCAGCAGUGACUGCCAGCUGAGAAGCUCAGUCCAACGUCUAAAACUCAAAGAAGACGAAUAAUAAAAAAGCUCAUCUGAAA